ACAACGAUGGAAGGCAACGUUGUCGGUGGGACGAUCGUUCUUCUAUUGAUCGCGAUCAGUCUUUCGGAGAUUUCGGCCUUGGCAACCAGCGUUCCAAGUUACAAGCUGAACGAUCGAUGCACCAAAGACGCGGAGUGCGAAUCGAGCAUCGAGGGUAGUCAAUGCCACUUUGGUCGUUGUCGCUGUUUGCCCUACUUUGCCGCGUAUAACGGAACCUACUGUCUCGAGGCGACCCUUCUCGGCCAGGAGUGUUUGGUCGACGAACAAUGCACGUUGAAAGUGGCCAACAGCAAUUGCUCGGACGGAUUGUGCGGCUGCAAACACGGCUUCCUUCAAUUUCGUCGACACACGUGUCUCGGUCCGGCGAAACUCGGCCAAGUUUGCUACGAGCAUGCCCACUGUCGAUUAUGGGAGGCGAAUUCGCACUGCGAUUUCCUGAUCCCGAACUUGUUCGGUCAUUGCCAAUGCACCGCGCCUACCCGCCGGGAGGCCGACGUUUGUCGGCCGGACGAUCUGGUCAGACCUCCGCCUUUGUUCGACGAUUCCUUACCGAUCAUUACCGAUCGAGUAAUCCCUACGGGAGAAGAGAAGGAGGAGGAAACGGGAGUUGAAAUCGCCUGGCUGAAGAGGAACGAAACUCGAUCGACAUCGGCCACCUUCUUACCGACGGAUUCGAUCGACUCGAACGAAGACGACGCGAUCGUCGUCGAGGCUGCCAACGAGACCGGGGUUACCAACGGUGCAUGGUUGUUGUCAGCGUCGUCGCCGUUCAAGACGGAUCGAGAAGUGGACGCGGCGAGCACCGUGCCAUCGCCACCGUUCUCACCGGUCACCUUGGGCCACGAUUGCGUCUCCGAUUUCGAGUGUCGAUCGGCCGAUCCCCAUUCCAGAUGCAUCGAUCGAGUAUGCGAGUGCGAAUAUCGAGGGAACGGGAGUAGCUGCACAUCGAGGAAGACGGGAUGCGCGGCUGGCACGUUCCAAUGCAAAAGCUCGGGGAUCUGUAUCAGCUGGUUCUUCGUCUGUGACGGGAGAUCGGAUUGCGAGGACGGCUCGGACGAGCGUUGCUCGAUCUCGGGGAAAGGAUCGAGGUGUCCCGAACAAGCGUUCAGAUGCGCGCGAAGCGACGUUUGCGUGUCGAGGGCGGUGAUGUGCGACGGGAAACGGGAUUGCCCGCGAGGCGAGGACGAACUCGGAUGCAACGAUCGACGAAAGUGUCCGGAGGGCGCGUUCAGAUGCAACAACGGGCAAUGCCUGCCGGCGUACGAGUUUUGCAACGCCGUGGUCUCUUGCCGGGAUGGAAGCGACGAGCCUAGGGACGCGUGUCGGAGGCAAGGAAGGGGGGGAAGGAACGCGAUGGCGGCGUCUCGAUGCCCGUUCAGAUGCGACAACGGCAGGUGUCGUUCCGACGCGAUCGCCUGCAGCGGCCGCGACGGUUGCGGCGACGGUUCCGACGAGAGCCGCUGUUCCGUUUGCAGAUGUUCGCCUUUCCCUUAAAUCUUAUCGAAGCGGAAACGAUUUCCGGAUUCGACGAUACGAGAGAUACGUUUACGAAGGAAGGGGAGGAUAUAUAUAUAUGUAUAUGUAUAUGACGGAAUUGCGAUUGGAAAUAAAGGAAUUGAGAGAGAGAGAGAGAGAGAGAGAGAGAAAAAAAGGAAAAAAG